AUGAAGAAGAGUGCUGAUGCUGAGUAUAAUUUCUUGGAUUUCUGGGAAGCAAAUCAAAAGUUCUUUGCUAUGAAACAAGGAACAAACAAAAACUUGAUGCAUUGCAAGGAACAAUUCUUGAGACAGGCUGAAGUCCUGCAAGAUCUAUAUGGCGUGGCCUGGUUCCGAGAUUUUGCAGUCAAGACGAAAGCGUAUGCUGCUAUUGCUAGCACCGAUACUGCUGCUCAAAACAAGUUCAAGGAUGAUAUCUUUGAAGCCGUUCUGGCAACAGGAUUUCUAUGCAACAGCGAUCGAACAAGAACAGCUCCUCUGAUGCUGGAUCUUCAGACGAACUAUUGCAGAGAAGUGGAUUAUUAUCCAAAGACGGUCAGCAAAGCACAAGAUAUGUUGAAAAUUCACAUGGAAGUGAGUAAAAAUCCGGGAGUGAACCUCUACCAAGGAAAAGACCAACCUAAUAAAGGUAAAGGCAAAGGAAAAGGAAAGGGUAAACCAAAGGAUGGAAAGAAGGCAGCAUGUUAUGUAUGUGGCAACAAAGACCAUAUGUCUCCAAAAUGCCCAGACAGACUGCUACCAAAGACCCAAUGGAAGAAUCAAGAUCAAUAUGUCGACUAUGGGAAGAAGCUCAAUCUUAAUCAGAUUGGAGCAACUGUCCCAGCUACUAUUCCAGCUAUAGUUCCUGGAGCUUCAGCGUCCACAAGUGGAGCAUCAAGUGUUGCGGGAAGCGUUAACACACCUUUGCGACUUGCUGGUACUACAGGUAAUCAAAUGAUGCAAGUUCCUUCUGGAAUGCAGCUCAUGCAGAUUCCAACUCAAGGUGGCGGCACUGUUACAGUAGGUCUCCAUGACAACGGAGUUCCACUAGAAGGAAUCUGGGGAGUGUUAAAAUGCUAA